AUGUCUAAUUGGAAAGAAGUAAUUGGAACAAUUCCAUCUAGUUUUUGUCCACGUUGUGGCGCAUAUCUUAUUCUUUCAGAUAGUGGAGAUAUUGUGUGUGAUGUGUGUCAUUUUGUUAUAAGUGCAGAUCAAUUCAAAUACAAUCCAAUUGAAACAACUUCUUCAAUAUUUGAGAUGAGUAAUAAAAAACGUAUUGAUUCAAAAAUUAAAGAAAUUUUACCAACAGGUGCUAUUGUAUAUGAAAAGUGUCCUAAUUGUGGAAAUGAAACAAUGCAUUAUCACUCUGCACAAGUUAGAUCUGUGGAUGAAGGUCAAACUGUUUAUUAUGAAUGUCCUAAUUGUGGUCAUCAAGAAACUGUUAAUACAUAA